GAAACUCUUUACAUAAAUUUAGAAAAUAAUAAUUUGAGCGAUGAAGAUAAAACAAUCUUUGAUAUCGACAUUGAAAAUCAAAUAAUAGCUAUAUUUAAACCAAAUCUUAAAAUUUAUGAUAUUGAAUAUUUUUUGAGUUUAAAGAAUAUCCAAGAAGUUCUGAAAUAG